AUGGUCGCCCUUUCGGCAUAUCUAAUUUUUCCAUUUCUGGUUGCUGAUGCAGUCUGUGCUGGGAAUGCAACGGCAAGACUACGUGUUGACCUGAUCUCAGCCACUUUCAUCUCGGGCGGCGUAGCCACCUUUAUACAAAGCACCUUCGGUUUGCGACUAGCCAUCCUGCACGGCGCUUCACUGGCUUUCCUUGCGCCAAUACAGACAUAUCAAGUCUCACUUGGCGAGUGUACAGCUGGGGAUGAUACCUAUGUACCGGAGGAGGAAUGGCAUGUUAAACUAGCGACGCUUUCCGGGAGUCUAAUGACCGCCUGCUGUGUGUUCGUCCUUAUCGGAGCCACAGGAGCUGUCGGAUGGUUUGCCAGGCAUGUCGGACCGAUUACGAUAGUACCCCUCCUCACCCUCAUUGCCAUCUCUACAGUACCGACAAUCGAGCAAAAACUCAGCUCACAUUAUAUGGCCAUAGUCGAGCUGGUCUUGUUGAUCAUCUUUGUCGUGUUCCUCGAAGACUUCCAGGUCCCGAUCCCGUAUUUUUCCUGGGAGAAGCGAAAGAUAGCGAUAGCCAGAGCACCUGUAUUCGGACAAUUUCCAUACUUGAUAUCUCUUGGAAUCGCCUGGCUGAUUUGCUAUAUCCUCUCUUCAGCCGCUGUCAUCAGUGAUGACUCGCCGGCUUCGACGAAAAGGAACGAAACCCAGGGACUGAUUGCCAACGCGCCAUGGGUUAAGGUGCCGUACCCAGGAGAGUACGGUGGAUUCCGCGUGAACACAGCAGUGUGCCUGGGAUUUGUGGCCGCGGUCUUGUCAUCAGUCAUCGAGAAUGUGGCAUCUCGCGUCACAGUCCAAUUGGCUGGUGUGUUGUCAGUGGCGCUGGGGCUUUUCACGAAGUCGGCGGCGAUACUUGCCUGUAUUCCGGAUCCGUUGAUCGGAUCGAUUUUGUGUCUAGGCAUGAGUAUGAUAGCUGGGGUAGCCCUGUCAAAUCUAAAGGUAGUCAACCUCUCUCAAACUCGUAAUCUGGCCAUUAUGGGGUUAGCCUUGUUGCUCGGGCUGGUCAUCCCCUCUCACUUCACCAAGAGCCCAAUCAAGACUGGCAACGAUACCUGGGAUGAGGUGCUGAACAUGUUGCUGACAAUCCAGAUGCUGAUCGGUGGACUAUUCGCCUUCUUGAUGGACAUCAUGGUGCCAGGUGCUAGCCGGAAAGAUCGUGGGCUAGCCGAUGAUGACGAUCAGGAAGGAGCCGAAUUCCCCCUUGAUGGAUUUGCACUACCCGAUUGGGUGGAUAGACUAGCAAUUCUUCACGGCACCUCGUUAGCUUUUUUGGCACCAAUCCAAGCAUACCAGACGCUAAAUGGUGAAUGCACAGCCGGUGACUCGUAUGUGCCGGAGGAGGAAUGGCAGGGCAGGCUGGCUACGCUUUCCGGGAGUCUAAUGAUUGCCUGCUGUGUGUUCAUCCUUAUCGGAGCUACAGGAGCUGUCGGGUGGUUUGCCAGACAUGUCGGCCCGAUUACGAUAGUACCCCUUCUCACCCUCCUCGCCAUCUCCACGGUUCCAACAAUCGAGGAGAAGCUCAGCUCACAUUAUAUGGCCAUAGUAGAACUAGUACUGCUGGUUGUGUUCGUCGUUUUUCUUGAGCAUGUCCAGGUUCCGAUCCCAUAUUACUCCUUGGGAAAGCGAAGGAUGGCUGUCGCCAGGACGCCACUGUUUGGACAAUUUCCGUACUUACUGUCCCUUGGCAUCGCCUGGUUUAUUUGCUAUAUCCUCUCCUCAGCCGCUAUCAUCAGUGAUGAUUCACCGGCUUCCACGAAAAGAAACGAGACCCAUGGGCUGAUUGCUAACGCACCAUGGGUGAAAGUGCCGUAUCCAGGCGAGUACGGUGGAUUCCGCGUGAAUACGGCGUUGUGUCUGGGAUUUGUGGCCUCUGUAUUGUCAUCAGUUAUCGAGAAUGUCGGCUCGUAUAAAAUGGGUGCAAGGGUAUCCCAUCAGGGAAAUCCACCGGUUGACAAUGUCAAUCGAGCCGUCAUGGUUGAGGGUCUUGGCAGUAUGCUGGCUGCCUCACUUGGUGUCUCUACUGGCGUCACUACAUAUGCAGAAAAUAUAGCUUUACUGCAUAUUACAAAGGUGGCAUCUCGCGUCACCGUCCAAUUGGCUGGUGUGUUGUCAGUGGCGCUGGGGCUUUUUACGAAGUUGGCGGCAAUACUUGCCUGCAUUCCGGAUCCGUUGAUCGGAUCGAUUUUGUGUCUAGGGAUGAGUAUGAUAGCUGGUGUGGCGCUAUCAAAUUUAAAGGCAGUCAACCUCUCUCAAACUCGUAAUCUGGCCAUCAUGGGGUUGGCCUUGUUGCUGGGGUUGGUCGUCCCCUCGCACUUUACAAAGAGCCCAAUCCGGACCGGUAGCGACACCUGGGAUGAGGUGUUGAACAUGUUGCUCAGGAUUCAGAUGCUGAUCGGCGGGUUGUUCGCAUUUUUGAUGGACAAUAUGGUGCCAGGUGCCAGCCGAAAGGAUCGCGGGCUAGCUGGUGAAGAGGAAGAAGCCGAAUUCCCGCUAGAUGGAUUUGCACUACCCGAUUGGGUGGAUAGUGGUCUAGACAAAAUGCCCAUACUUCGGCGACUACCCUUUUUACCCUCAAAAAGUCAUCGAGCUCCGGCCAAAACAGCAGCCUAUGCAUUUGAUAUAGACACGGUGCUAAAAUGU